GUUAUCAACACUGUUUUCAGCACAAAUCCAAAACAGCCCCAUACCAGCUGCUAUGGAGAAAAUUAACUCUAUCCCAGCCAAAACCAGUACAAGUGCCCAGGAGAACCUGGGAGUGGGGGAGCGGGUCCAAGAUACUGGGAGAAACCAGGUGCGGGGGGCUCGGGCUGGCCCCGGGGGCAGCUGAGGUCCCCGUGCAUCCAUGGGGAUGGGGAGGGGGACAGGGAGGGAACGGCGAUUGUCCUGUGUUUAAUUUGGCAGCACAAAGGAGCGGCACAGCCGGCGGCGAGACCCCUCCCAAGGGCGAAUGGCUGCGGCGCAGGGGAGCCCGAGGGGGUGCUGGGUGCGGGACCCCCGCGCCUCCGCUUCACGCUCCUGACCCAAAUCCGCCCGACACGUGCUGCCUGCCCUGCCCGUGCGGUGUGAGACGGCUGUGCCUCCUCUGCCCCCUCCUCACGCUGCAGCUGAGCCCCUGGCCCCCCCGGCCCCCCCCCGCCCCUCGCCCCUCCGCACCCCCAGCAGAUGCGAGCGAAGGCCCCGGAGGCAGAUGGCAACAUUUGGUAGCCGAGCGGUCCCCGGCCGCGGGACUGUGCCGGGCUCCGGUGACUGGCCGGCCGGGAAGCCCCCUCCCCACCCAGCCAGGGCUGGGGACCCGUCCCCAGCCGCAGCCAGCGCAGGGCAGGGGGUGCAGCGGGGCUCCCCGGGGUGGGCACGCUGCCUGUGCCGGGGGGGUGCCAGGAUGGUGCGAGGGCACGGGGGGGGAUCGGCAGCCUGGGAGAGCGGGGGUCCGUCCUCGAGCUCAGCCCCUAAUAUCUGCUUUCAGCUGCGAGCAGCGGGGACGGUCUUCCUGGGCAGGGGAAGGCUGCUGCUCCAUUGCUGGGGGACAAGUGGGACCCCCCCUCACCCCAAGGACCACCGGCCGCCCCAAGCGAGUGGGUAUGAUCCCUCAGAUUUGGGUGCAGGGACCCGCUGGCAGGUCGUAGCCGCUGGCCCCUGGCAGCCCCCCCCCCCCCCGGACCCAUUUGCAUCCCAUUUCCAUGUGAAAGGAGCAGGUCAAGUUGAAAGUUGAAAGGCUGGUGGGGGGCAGCCGGGAAGGGGCCCGCUGCCGGAGGUGAGACCCCAACAAAAGGGCCGGAUCCCCUGGGCCCAGCGCUUCGCCUGGCCACGGGCUACGGUCCUGGCCCCGUCGGCAGCCGCCAUCUGCGGGUCCGUAUCGCCGCGCGCCGCCGCCACGGCGCAGACAAAGGCCUCGCGCCCGGCACGUCCCCAUCUGUCACCUCCACGGCUCCCGGCCGCGAGCUGCCGCCUGCGGAGACAUGUGGGGAGAGCGGGGUACGGGCAGCAUCCCUUCCCUCCGCCCGCGGGGAGCAAGGCGGUGCUGGGCCCAGCAAGAGAUUCCCCAUCGAGUCCCCAAGUCCCUCGGAAAGCUGCUCCUGUCCGGCAGAGCUGCUCUGCAGAGCUCACAGCUGGGGAAACUGAGGCAGGAGCUGGCAGUAGCUCGCCCUGGGUCGGGGCAUGUGGCGCAGGGGUGAUUCCCCCACUGCAAAGCUGGGCGCAGCCGUGGCGUGGCAAGGGGCUGUAAUUAAACGCCAGGAAUUAGCACCUGCCAAGAUGAGGGGGUUGGGGGGGGGGCUCCUGGCUUCAGGGGUGCCUCUGCCUCCGCCCAGCACUUCCAGGGGGCAUUUGGCCUCUGAGCACAUUUUUUCUCGUUGGCGGCUGUAUUUAGCUCCCAGGAGGUCCUUGAAGAGGCACAAGGCGGGGGGGGGCAGCCCUGAGCCUCUGUGGGAGGUGAGAGCGGAGCCAGCGCCAGCACCCUCCUGUCCCUCUUGUUUCCAAACACCAUUCCUCCGUCCCUGCCCCGUCCCCGUGUCCCCGGGGCAGCGGCAGAGGGUGCUCAGCCGGGUGCUGCGGGAGGGCUCCCGCGGCAGGCUGCCCUCCCAAAACCCAUCCCGGGAUGCUCCCAGGGAAGGCGAGGCUCCGGGGCGCUGCCUGGCUCCAACGCCCCGCUCCAAAAGCACCCGGUUGCCCAGACGUGCCCGGGCAGCUGCCUGCAGCCUGCUGCCUGCACCCCGCGCGGGCUCGGCGGCCGUGGGGGGACGAAGCCCGGCUGGGCAAGGUGCCUGCAGGCUUUGCCCUCGCCCGCUGCGUCGGGCAGUGUUUUUCCAGCCAAGCUCGUUGUGCAGAUCCACCUUUGCCGUUGCUCAAGCGCAGGGCAGCCCUCCGGCACUCAGACGGCUCUUUUCCAUGUGCUUUGCUCGGCUCUUCUCCCUCUGCCAGCUCCUUCUCUUGUUUCCAAGAGCAGUUUGAAAAAUGCACGGCUGUAAUCGAGCUCUGUGCUGCAUGGGCCAAACGCUCGGCUCUGCCACGCAAAGCCAGUCCUUGCCGCCGGAGAUGCCUGGACCGUGGGGCAGGCAACCCCCGGAGCCACCCCGGGGCUGGGUUCAGGCCAGCAGGUCCAUGUGGCUGUGGGCUUGGUGACACUGCUCCCAUCUGUCACCUCCCUUCGUGCUAUCUGGGUUAUUUUGCUGCAUUUUGGAGUUUAUCGCAGGGGGCUGCUGCCGGGUGCAUGGGGAAACUAGGUGAGUUUUCCAAAUCAGAGCAGGCCCUGAUGGCUGGCCGUGCCGGCGGCAUGUGGGGAGCCGGGUGGCAGCUCCCUGCCUGCGGGAGGGCUGGAAAUUUUCCCAUCUCCUCAAAUCCCGGCAAGGCAUCGGGACCCUCUGCCCACAGCGGCCAGGGGAUGUCCAGAGGCGUUUUGGCUUUGGCGGUGUGAGCGCCUCAGGCCAUGCGUCCGCGCUGCCCGGCUGGCACUGUGGGCUGAACCGGCACCCAUGCCGGGACGUCACCAGCUACCGUCAACACUGCGUGACGCAGCCUGGCAUGGAGGAAUGCCCCGUGGUUUUAAUCCCAUGUGAGCGCUGAGCUGCCUCGGAGGGCGUCCUCGCCCGGCGCUGACUCAGCGGGAGCAGCCGUGGCGCAGAGCCGCUCCAGCACCCUGCCAGCCGCCGUCCCGCGGGGAGAAGGGGAAGACGUGACCGGAGAAGAGGAGGUGCAGGGACAUUGGGACACCCUCGGGAAGAACACAGGGAGAAGCAGCGUGGCGGCUGAGCCGUGCCAAGGAGUCUCCCACGUCGCAGGGCCGAUCCAGGUAGGUGGCAGAGGUGGUGCCGGUGCCGGUGCCGGUCCUGUGCCAGCAGCGUGGGGCUGGGUCACCCGGUGAGGGGGAGGCACAACCGCACACCUCCCGGCACGGGUCUCCGGAGCAGCUGCCUCCAGGCAGGAGGUGAUCCGGUGUGCCAAAUGAGCCCCGCUGGGCUGCCCACACCAGAAGGGAGAGGAGCUGGGGCCACGGCUGGGCAUUGCCCGGCAUGAGCGGGGUUGUCAGCCCUGGCACUCGGAUCCCCACGCUCCGGCUGGGCUUGGGGAGUGGGAUAAUGUCGCUGUGUUUUCAGGGCUGUUCGGAGAGCGGCUCGGCUCAGCUCGGCUGGGCUUGGUGCAGCCCUGCUCAGCACGGCCAUGCCAGGGCAGGUGGCUCAGCACCGCAGGAAUGCGGAGCAGCAGGUUGUGCCUGGCCGGGGCUGUCCUUGCUGGCCAGGCAUGUGGCCGUGCUGGGGGACCCCGUGUCCUUGUCACUGCGCCCCAACAGCCAUCCCCUCCGUGGCUUGGCCCUGGGGCUGAGCUUCUGGCACCGUGCUGAGCUCCAGCGCCCGAUGUGGGGACAUGUCCCUGCUUUGCCUCGCCCGGGGGGGGCACGUUUGCACCCCUGCGCCGAGCUGGAGACCCCUCCCUGAGCCUGGCACAGGGUACGAGGGCAGCGGGGCCGGCUGUCAGCAGGGUGCUGCUGCAGGGCACGGGGUCCGGACAGCACUGGAACCGAGGGGUGCUGCUGCAUGGGGACCCGGCUGGCAGCCGGUGCUCCCCAACGCCCCGGGUCUCUGCCACCAGCUGGGCUGCGGGACCCGGCUCUUCCCGUGCAUUUGUGCAGCGCCGAGCACAGCCCAGCCCUGCUUCCCCUGGGGGCUGUAAGCACGGCUCCGGUCGGUGGGGGGGGGGGCCCUGCCUGCCCUGCCUGUCCCUGUCCUUGCCCAGCAAGGACAUUGGUGCCCUGCACUGCUGGCUCUGUCCCCAAAUCGCCCCUACGCUGGGCUCCCCGCAGUGGGGUGCAGAAAGCCACCCCCGGGGAGGAGGCGGGAGGGUCCGUGCUGGUGCUGGGACCGUCCCCAGCUGUCCCCACGCCUGGCUGGCCCCCUGCAGACACUUUCCAGGUCAGAAGGCAGAGUGUCCCCCCAGGCAGGGGACAAGGACAACCAGUCUACCCCAGACCGCUCGCCCGUCACAACGCAUCAGGCGGAUGCACCGUGCGCCGGGGCGGCUGCAGCCUGGGGACCCCGUUGGGGUACAGAUUCCGGGGGGGGGGGGGGGCCGGGGCCGACAACACGGGCUUGCGGACGGUGCGGCCGCGGCUCAGCGUGGCCGUGGCGCGGUGCUGGGGCUGGCUCUUGCCGCCCGCGGCUGACGCUCAGGACGGGCCCUGGGUUGCACCCAGGAAGUCGUGCACGCAAGUGAGCGGCUGACGGUGACGGCAGCACGCUGGGGACACCGCGGGACGGAGUGGGGUCGCGGCACGCUGGCCCCUGCCGUGCCCACCACCGUACCCGCUGACGGCACGUGAAGCCCCUCGCUGCCCGUGGCGGCGGAGGAUGCCCGUCGAGGCGCUGCAAGCCGGCGACGCCAUGAAGGGGGUGACGGCGACGGCGCCCUUCACCUCAGCCAUGCCCGUCCGCAUCCUCCGCAAGGGCCCCGCGUAUUUCCGCCGGCACGCCGAACCGGGCGCCGGGAAGCCCAGCGCGGUGGAGAGGCUGGAGGCCGACAAGGCCAAGUACGUGAAGAGCCAGCGGGUCGUCAGCACGAAGCAGGAGCCGGUGAAGCCGCCGCUACUCAAGCAGCCCCUCUUCACCCCGGGGGUGCGCCGGGCUGCGCUCGCCCCCAGCCGCAGGGCACCCCCGGGGCCGCGCCGCGCGGAGGCUGGCGGCCCGAAGACCUCCCUCGACCUGGAGAUCCUCAACAACCUCAUCAACCUCUGCGACAGCCCCUUCCCCAAGGCGGAGAGCCCGCUGGGCCGGGAAUGCAAGCGGAGGGCGGAGGCGCCGGCGGCGCCGGGCGGCGGGGCGGAGGGUGCCGGCAAGCCGCCGGAGAGCCCCGCCGCCGCCAAGCCCCCCGGCAGCGUGGCCGUGCGGAGGGUGGACGUCCGUCCCUGUGGGGCUCCGCGGGGCCAGGCGACGCCGGUGCCUGCAUCCCCCGUGCCGGGCGGGCUGCCUGCGGCCCCGUCACGGAGCUCGCCCGCCCGCCCGGAGAGCGCCCGCCGGCAGCCCCUGCUGCACCGCUCCAAGUCGGACCUGAGCGACCGGCUCUCGCGGGCCACCGCCGACCUGGAGCGCUUCUUCAACUACUGCGGCCUCGACCCCGAGGAGGUACAGGACAUGGGCGCCGAGCGCUUCGCCCGCGCCAGCUCCGACAUCGUGUCCCUCAAGUUUCACAGCGUGAGCACGGCCAGCUCGGAAGGCGACCGCUCGCCGCCCAGCGCUGCCACGCCGGAGGGGCGGCCGGCCGAGCGCGUCCCCUACGGCAUCUCCGUCAUCGAGCGCAACGCCCGCGUCAUCAAGUGGCUGUACGGGCUGCGCCAGGCCAGGGAGCCCCAGCAGGUCUCCGACGUGUAGCGGUGCCGCGGUGGUGGCGGGCGCCGGGGACGGAUUGCUUGCAAAUGGGCAAUGCCGGACAGGGAGGGAGCGCAGGAGAUGCCCCAGGAGGAGCAGGGACCUCUCAGCGGUGACAGGACCCUCAAACUCAGCCCCCGCCUUGCUUCCCUGACCCCUGUGCCACAGCGGCACUGGCAGAGCUCCGGUGGGGUGACCGGGCAUCCUUCCCGCCGGCUCUGGCUCCGUCAGACUCCUGCGCCGGCGCUGGAGAGCCAGGUCCCCGUGAGCCCGUGGGAGGGCAGAGGACACAUGUGCCCCCGCGUCCGUGGCUGGUCCCCGAAACCCUGCCCUCGUCCACUCCCGUGGGACCCCAUGUGCGGUCGGCCUUCCUGCGCUGCUGGAAGCUCCUCCCUGUCUUGCUCCUCACCAGCACCCAUGGGUGGGGGGUAAGGGGCUGAUUCCCCCCCCUGCGCGGAGCAGGGACACAGCCCUGGGGAAGGAGCUGCCCCCCCUGCAAGCCUCCACUGAGGGGGCCUUGCUACCCGGGGUAUCCUGGUGGUCCCCGUCUUAAUGCUGAAGGUCUGGGAGAAGCUGGGUGCUUGGCGGGGGUGGGGGCAAACCCGACCCCCCGCUUCGAGCAGCCCAGGGCUGCGUGUGUGUGCGAGUGUCUGCGAGCGCUUGUGUCCCCUCCCGGGUGCCAGUGGAAGCACAGCCCCGGGCGCGGUGAGCCCUGGUAUUUAUGAAGACGACGGUUGUUGGUCUUUUCCUCAUUUCUACUGUUUUUCCUGAUGUUUGAUCUGUAAAUAGUAAUAACAACACAGCCGGUUUUAUUAAAUCUCUGUGCUUUGGA